AUGGCUUCAUAUCAACCUCUUGAUCCUCGCGAAGAGGAUGAGCUUCAUAAAUCACGCCUCCUAAACGUAGAAGAGAAACCAUUCCGGCGCGUGAGCAAACGCCUCAUUGCCCCAGGCUCGCUCGUCUCAACACCCUCCAAACUCCCCACCCCACCCCCCGACGCCGCCGAUGAUACCUCUCCCCUCGAAAGCUUACUCGAAGAGCGUCGUCAAUUCCGGGAAGAUGUGCUCCUCGAUUUCGCCGCGUUCGAUAGCAGCAUCGCGCGCAUCCAAUUCCUAUACAACAGCAACGAGCAAGAGCGGGAACGUUACAAAGCUGAUAAACAGCGGAUCCUUGAAACAGCGCAGAAUGUGAGGGAUAGUACCGUCACGUUGAGGGCGCAGCUUGAAGAGGCGAGGAAGACACUAGAGCAGAGGAAGAAGUUUGAUGUUCUGUCGGAGAAAAUCACGAAUAAUGUGCUAUUGAGACCGCGCUCAGAUCAGGAGCUUAAUUUGAAGAAGUUGGAGGAGGAGUGUAGGGAGUUGGAGAAGGAGAGCGCUGCAUAUGGGGAGACGUGGAAGGAGAGACGGGAACAGUUUGGGCGCAUUGUGGAGGAGGGGAUGCAGUUGAGGCGGCUCAUUAGGGAUGAGAAGGAAGAGGUGGAGAGGAGGGAGGGGAUGGAUGGAGGAGAGGAGGAUGGGGAAGUUGGUGAGGGCUCGGGGGGUGGACAGACGCCUAUGAACGGGAAUGCGACUCCGAGACCUGACGCCGGCCAGGAAAGCAAUAGUCCCGACCAAGGGUUGAAGCCACGACCAAACGCUUCUGGUACACUGUCGAAAUCGGGCAGUAGGAGCACAAGCCGCGCUCUGUCUCCUUCCGGAAGAGAGGGUUCUGCGCUGGCGGAGGAAAUGAAGGUUAUGGACACGGACAUUGUGGUAGAUAUACAAAUGGGCGAAGGAACAGAGACUCCGCGCGUCACGGUCGAUUCCCCAGAGGCACCUUCACCAGAGGAAGGCGAGGCAGAAGACAAGAUGGACACCACGUAA